GGCCUCCACAUGACCUUCGAGGAGUUCCUGCCCUACGUGAAGAAGUCGCUGACGCCCACGUUCGAGAGCAAGGUCAGCAUGGGCGUGAGGGAGAGCGCCUCGGGAAGACUCGUCGCCUUCAUGCUCAGCCGGGUUCUCGUCCCCGAGGGCGACCUUGAAAUAUUCGGCGAAGGGGGACUCGAGACCGAAAAGUCGAACCAGUACUCGAAAGUGCUCCAUGACCUGUGUGCCGAUGUGGACAUCCUUAAAGACGGAAGAUUUAACAAGCAACUGGAGCUGCAGUGUCUCUGCGUCCACCCCAACUACGGCAACAAGGGCCUGGGAAUGAAGCUCGUUCGGCUGAGUGAGGAGAAGGGCAAGGACCUUGGCUGUGACGUGGCCACCAUCCAAGCGGUGAACGCCGUCACCGACCACAUAUCCAAGAAGACGGGAUACACGACGGUCCGUCGGGUCGACGUCAGGGAUAUCAGGGACGAGAUGGGACGUCCCCUGCUCGACUUGGAGGCCGUCAGGGAAAGCACAGGACCCUCCCACUUCACCUACUACAUGAAGAAGCUCUAGGGAGGGAUGGCUAAGCAGAUAUUCCCUGUAAGAGGGUAGUGCCGUCAGUGGACCUGAUGCGGUGCACUGUAGGCAUUACUUAAGGCUCUUGGCAGCGUGCCUUCAGCCGCUAGCUGCAACCACUUUCGUUCUUUUUACUGUAUUUCCUUUCAUAUUCUCUUUCUUCCUCUCACUUUCCACCAGCUCCUAAUACUUGAUUCAUAGUGCAACUGCUUUGAGUUUUCCUCCUGUUACACCUUUCAAGCCUUUUACUGUCAAUUUCCAUUUUAGCGCUGAAUGAACUCAUAGGUUCCAGUGCUUGGCCUUUGGCCUACUGUAAAUUCUACAUUCAAAUCAACUCAACUCAGCCAAAGUAGAUAUUCACAGUCUUCUUGUACAGUUUUCUUACUUGACAGAUACAUACCCUUUCUUAAUUACUCUGCCGGCGUCUAUAGGCCCCCUUGUGACCCACUGCUACAUGCUAAGGUUCCCUGCAAGUUUCACCAACCCUCUCCACGACACAUGGACUUGAGGCCGGCUUUAGUAUGACAAAUCUCUUGGCAUCGUUUUCAUAUUCAUAACCGUCCCCCACACACCCACCCCAUUGCCUGAGAAUUUGAAUAAAAUGAGUGACUUAAGACACGGCCAUUAUCAUCCUUCAGAAAUAUUUACGAGCCCUUUCCUUACAAGUGGACUUGAGACCGUCUUAAGACUGUCAACUCUUUUAGCAAAGUUUUCAUAGAGAUACACUACUCCCCAACCCCCUCCCCCGUCCUUCCCACCCCAAGAGAAUUCAGAGUAAAUUGAGUGAAUAAAAUGAAACGGCUAUAGCACACUUCGGAAACAUUACCUAAUAAAUAAAUAGAGAUAGAACCACAAAACCUCAUCCCAAAGUUACAACUUAAUGAACGCAUAAGAACGAAUUCCUUAAUUAUUGUACAAUAAGAGAUAAAAAAUAAAUCAACGCUGCCUUGAAGAGUUACGU